AUGGAGAACUCUAGUAAACUAUUAAGCCAUAACGAUGAGAUAUAUGACGAUGAGGAUGAGUUCUAUAUAGAUUACAGCAGUAUUGAUAACCCUAAGGCUUCCUAUAGAAAGUAUGAGUCCCAUGAGGGGUAUAUGUUCUGUAUAGAGCUUUCGGAACACAUGUUUAGUGAAAUUUCUCAACUUAAUUAUAAAGUUCAAUUAAUCGAGGUGCUCGAAUCGUUAAUGGAAUUGAUGUCGCAAUUGGUUAUCACUAGACCAAGCACUGGUGUGGGAUGUUUCUUCUUCAAUUGUGAUAACAAAGAGAGUAAAAAAAGAAUUUAUGAAUUUUUGCCCUUAAGAGAUAUUAAUGUAAGUGAUAUGAAGAAAUUGCAUGAUCUACUGGAUGAUGUAAAAGAAGAGAGAUUGUCGAUUCGAGAUGCUUUCAAAUUUGAUGAAAUAAAUGAUAAAGGGAAUAGUUUAGAGAGCUUAUUCUUGCUGAUACAGGAUCGGUUUUCGAAUAACAUUCCAGGUCAAAAAAUAUAUACAAAUAAGAAAGUUUUCUUAUUCACAGACAAUGAUAAACCAAAAGAAUCUAAUGAUAAGGAAAAAACAAUACGAUUAAGAAGAUUGUUUGACGACAUCAGUGACAACUACAUUCAGUUCGUCACUUUUUUUAUUAAUAAAAUCGACAGCUCGGAUAAUUUUGAUGAUAGCUUCUAUUCUGAUAUAUUAAAGUUAAGGAAUAGUAAUUCCAUUGAAUUCGAUGGCCCAAGUACAAAACCAAUUUCAGUUGCAUAUAUUAAAAACAAAGUAUUAAGGAAAAAAGAAAUCAAAAGAAUCAUGUUUCAAUGUCCAUUGAUAUUAAAUGCAGAUUCGGAUUUUCAAGUUAAUGUUAAAGGCUAUACUAUUAUAAGCCAUGAAAAACCUGGAAGUAGAUAUAAAUUGGUUUAUGAGCAUGAAAAUAUUAGAAGAGAGGCUUUUUCGAAAAGAAAACUCUUAAAUGGAAAGACAGGAACGGUAGUUACAAAAGAUGAUACAGAAAAGAUUUUUCAGUUGGGGAAUUUUAGCAUUAACUCAUUUGAAAAUGAAUUUGAAAAAGGAAAUGAUAAUCCCCUACCACAAGAACCAUUCCUGAAAUUAAUCGGUUUUAGAUCUCCUGAAAACUCUUUACAUCUUUUUAAUAACAUAGGAAAAGCCCUUUUUAUAGUACCAGAUGAAUCACGUUGCGUAGGCUCUAUCAGAACACUUUCUUCCAUGUACAGAACUAUGAGAACUAAAAAUAGGAAUGCUAUAGUAUGGGGAAAGUUAAAAUCUAAUUCAAAUCCGAAUAUAUGGAUACUAUCGCCCUCUGAUCCAACAAAAGAUCAAAACGAAGGUUUCUAUCUAUAUAAGGUUCCAUUUUUAGAUGAAAUAAGGAAGAUUCCUUCCCAAUAUACUCACUUUCCUUCCGAUGAAUUAAUUAGAAACAAAGAUUAUGAAAAUCUCAAAAGAGUUACUCGCAAUAUAUUGGGUUAUUUUAACCUGACAAAUGGUUAUUCUCCACUAGAGUUCAAGAACCCACUUUUACAAAAAUAUUAUAAAUUGCUACAUGACUAUCUACUUCAAGUAGAAACUGUUCCAGAAACUGAAAUGUCAAAGGAACAAUUGAAACAAAAAAUUUUGGAAGAAGAUGAUACAAUUCGCAAAACAUUCAGCAUUAGAGAUAAAAUAAUAAAGUCUGCUAGCUCUACAGAAAGUCAUAAACAGAGAUUGAGUGCCAAUUUUAACAUCUGGAAUGAUAUAUAUUCAAAACUUGAAGGUAACGAGAUAGCAGUGAAAGAAAUGAAACCUAAAAAACAGAAAAAUUAA